AUGGCUGCUGAGCGGGCCGAGAACUUUGUGCUGCUCGAUCACACGGGACUCGCCCAUGAACUUUAUUAUGAUGACACCUCUGAGCGCGUGCUCCUGGUUGCCCAUGGGAGCAGCUGUUCACUGGAUACUCAAGCGUUGGCAACCCUUAGAGCAGCGCAGCCGGAACUGAGAGUCCUCCUGAUAAAUUCCACAGAUAGUCGCGCCUGGAUUGCGCAGGCUGCAACAGAUAACGGAAUUGAAGUGCCGAUUCUUCACGACCAAGCACAGAUCAUUGCACCUUCAUUGGGAUUCGAUCAGGUGGGUGAUGCGAUGCUGGUGGAUACGUCUGGUUGGCAGAUUCGUUACCAGGGUGAUGUUGGGUCUACCUUGUUAGCUGAACUGGUGACCCAUGACGGUGCAUCUUCAAGCCAACAGGGCCCCGAGCCUGAAGGCUGUAUGCUGGGCCUGCCUGAUGUUGGGCCGGUGGCCGACUAUGCCACGCAGAUUGCGCGGAUAUUGCAGGAAAACUGUAUGGCCUGUCACGUUGAAGGCGGCAUCGGACCCUGGGCAAUGAGUGAAUACGCCAUGAUCCAGGGCUUUGCGCCAAUGAUUCGUGAAGUUGUACGGGUAAAGCGUAUGCCGCCCUGGCACGCUGAUCCUGAGAUUGGGCAAUGGCAGCACAGUGCAGCCAUGUCUGAUGCGGACACACAGACAUUGAUCCGCUGGAUUGAAGCUGGAGCGCCGCGUGGUACGGGGGAAGACCCGCUGCUGGUUGCUCGCGAUCAAGCGCCACAAUGGCCUCUGGGUGAACCGGAUCUGGUGCUGGAAAUUCCGACCUUUGAGAUCCCGGCGACCGGCGUUGUGGAUUACCAGUUCCCGGUUGUAGCCAACCCUCUGGAUCGAGACGUCUGGGUUGAGGCCGCAACCAUUGUGCCUGGCGAUACCCGUGUGGUGCACCAUGUGCUGAUGGGUUCUGCUGAACAGGCGCCAACAGAAAGUGACCGCGAGAGCGUCUUUCAGAACUACAUCAUGGGUUACGCACCCGGUAACGAGUCUGCCCACAUGCCAGCUGGGACGGGUGUUUUUGUUCCCGUGGGUGGCGUUUAUCAGUUUCAGAUGCAUUACACGCCGGUGGGUGUUGCAACAACGGAUACCACCAAAGUGGCUCUGUAUUUUUCCGAUGAACCACCCGCUAAUUUUCUACGUCAGCAGGUGGUCCUGAAUCCACGCCUGAAAAUACCUGCCAACGUGGCGGAUCAUGUUGAAUCGGCUUAUUUUGAAUUCUGGGAAGACGCGACAAUUUAUUCGCUGGUGCCGCAUUCACACUAUCGCGGCAAAGCCUCCACCUUUGAUCUGGAAUACCCCGACGGUAGCAGCGAAACGAUAUUGUCAGUUCCGAAUUAUGACUUUAACUGGCAGCGCACUUACAGUUUUGUGGAGCCCAAGCGAGUGCCGAAAGGCACGCGCAUUGUACACAGCACGGUUUAUGAUAAUUCUUCGGCCAAUCCAGCCAACCCGGACCCGGAGCGCGAAGUGCCCUGGGGUUUGCAGUCCCACGACGAAAUGCUGUAUGGCUCCGUCAGUUUCAGUUGGGAAAAAGAACGCUCGGACGCACCCAUACACAGCAAUUUGACCGCAGGCAGUGCGCAGUUCAUCGGUUUCAUGGACAAAGACAAAGAUGGCAAGCUGGCAAAAGAUGAAUUGCCGGAAGGGUUGCGAAAGCGUCUUGGCUGGUUCAAGUGGUGGUUUGUCGACACCAACUUUGACGGCGGUCUUGACCUGGCCGAGAUAGAGGAUAUGUUCUCGGGCAACUAG